AUGUCUCCGCAACUCGGCCCUGUUGACUCACGUCCAAACGAGGAGCUCGACGAAGAGCCCCUUACUAACGACUCGACCUUCAACGAAAGGAUCGAGGAAGAAGUCCGUCAAAUGGAUCUCCCGGCACCAGUCGAAACCACCGCGUGUCCUCAAACUGGCGAAGUGGAGGGCAAUACGACCGCCCCUCGAAGGCCCGAAGGUCAGCCCACGGACGAGCCACAGCUCGCUCAGGUCGCCCCAUCGGGCCCACCGGUUCAGCAAACCGUAUCGAUGGACGACCUGCGCAUAGUGUUCGGAAGCAUGACGAAAGACAUCUACGACCGAAUCGCGGCAGCCGACCACCGAAUGGAUACGAUCAUGCGUAAUCGUACGCCGGAAUCUAACGGGCAAGACGUAAGUCUCGACGUCCUCGCCCCCGGUCCGGUCGGAGGAUGCACGGUACGUCCUCCAGUGUCAGUUGGCCGCUCAUGCGUAAGACCUACGCCAACCGGGACUCGACCCCGAGCAUUGGUAACAGCGUCCAGCCAACCUGCGGACGCGCCCAGCUCCGGUCGAAAUCGGGAUCUGGAAGAUCUGUACGCAAGGAUAGCCGACAUAAACUCUCAGGUCCAUCGGGUCUCCAGCUCGGCCCCUGAAAUCGACCGUAUGUUCGAAGAAACACAGCGAACUCCCUUCACGAGCCGCAUCACUCAAGCCCGAAUUCCGCAUAUCAAAUUCAGGCUGCCGACGUACGACGGGGAUAAGGAUCCACGUACCUUUAUGACGGCGUUCAUGGCCGCAGUCACAAAAGCACACUUCUCCGACGAGGAGAAGGAUACAGGACAUUGCCAGUUAUUCGUCGAAAGUCUGACCGGCAAUGCACUCACCUGCAUCGAUCUCUGGGACACAACUCAGGAAGCCGGCGAAACUCUGCAACAGUACUUGGUGCGAUUCAAGAAUUUGCUGGCUAAAGUAUCAGUCCCAGAGGAUGCCGCUUUAGCCGCAUUCCGCAAGGGGCUCAUUCCAGGAUCGUCCCUGCGAAAAGACUUGGCCAUCCGUGAGCCGAAAGAUCUCGACGACGCGCUACAUCGUGCGUCCAGAUACGCGCUUUUUGAAGAAGAAGAUGCCAAACUAGCGGCGAAGUCUGGGGCAAACCGUCCUACACCCCAAGACCGAAAACGUGAAGACUACCGGGAACCACGUAAGCAUUAUGAGGGAAAGGAAGCUUCGCGCGGCGCAAUUAGUGCGAUCUCAGAAGAAGCCAGUAACCAAAAAACGUCGUCCAAAUAA